AUGGACUCUCAAUUGAUGACAACUGCUGUUGUCAAGAUUCGAGAUUUUCGAGGAAAUUUUAUCGUGGCACGUGCUCUGCUUGAUACCUGUUCCAACGUAAAUCUAGUUUCAGAAAAAUUUGCUAAAAAAUUAAAUUUAAUAGAAUAUUCUUGCCUCGUUAACAUAGGAGCAGUUGACCAACUGUGCACUGUUUCAAAGAGUCAAAUUUCAACUACUUUGCAAUCGAGUUAUAACAAAUUUCAAGCUAAUUUACACCUUUUGCUAGUUCCGAAUAUCGCAGAAGCCGUGCCUAACGAAGCUUUUCCUCGAGAUCGUUUUGACAUCCCGAAACAUAUUCAACUCGCCGAUCCUCAGUUUCAUUUGCCUAAACCCAUCGAUCUGCUCCUUGCUUCUAAAACUACUUUGUCCACCUUUGCGGUAGGACAGAUUAAAUUGCGUAACGAGGAAACUCGAUCGGAGAUCAUCCUACAAAAAACUAGGUUAGGAUGGUUAGUAGCUGGAGGUGUAGACCGGCUUACUUCUUCAAAACAAGCUUCAUGUAACAUCGUUAAAGUGGACAAACUUCUCGAACGUUUUUGGCAAAUCGAAGAAUUUCCUAAUGAACCCGUAAGAUCUCGGGAAGAAAUAGCUUGCGAAGAGCAUUACGUCGCUCACACCACUCGUGACCCUGUCUCCGGUAGAUACACGGUUCGCUUACCCUUUAAGGACAACAAGUUUGAGUUAGGUAGUUCUCGAUCACAGGCCCUUCGUCGUUAUUAUUCUCUUGAACGAAGGUUCGAGAAAGAUCCUAAGUUAAAGGCUGACUAUUACAAAGUUAUGGAAGAAUACAUCACUUUAGGUCAUAUGACUCCUAAUGACGACACCGAAGACGGCUGUUAUCUGCCUCAUCACGUUGUGGUCAAGGAGUCCAGCGAAACCACGCAGUAUAGGGUUGUUUUCGAUGCUUCCUCUAAAACUUCGACAGGCAUUUCGCUUAAUGAUAUUCUCCUUGUGGGUCCCACUAUUCAAAACACCAUCUUCGAGCAAGUUUUACGUUUUCGUAGCCAUCUAUUCGUUGUAACAGCGGACAUCGAAAAGAUGUACCGUCAAAUUCUUGUCCAUCCAGAAGAUCGAAAAUUCCAAAAGGUACUUUGGCCUGAUCCAAAAACAGGAAAAUUGAGAACUUGGGCAUUAAAUACCGUCACUUUUGGCAUGGCUGCUGCCCCUUUCUUAGCAAUACGCACAAUUCAUCAACUCGCUCACGAUGAAGCGAAGGAUUUUCCUCGAGCUAGCAAAUUGCUUAUUCGCGACUUUUACGUCGACGACUUUGUAUCCGGAGCGGAUUCGUUCGAGGAGAUUUUAGCCAUUCGUGACGAAAUGAUUGCGUUGCUGCGUCGAGGCGGUUUUCUGAUUCGAAAAUGGGCAUCGAACCAUCGAUCUAUUUUGGACAAAAUAGAUUCAGGAGUUUUCGAGUUGGAUCACAUGGUCAAAGAGACUCCAAUCCAGAAAACGCUGGGAAUCAUUUGGGAUUCCGAGAAUGACCAAUUAAAAUAUACAGUUGUAAAAAUGGAUAACGAGACUACUGUGACCAAGCGAAGGCUCCUAUCAGAGAUAUCCAAGAUCUUUGAUCCUCUUGGAUUGUUAGGACCAAUUAUCUUGUAUGCUAAGGUGUUGAUGCAAGACUGUUGGAAAUCUAAGGUAAAUUGGGAUGAAUCUCUUUCUCAGGAUGUCUAUACCAAAUGGCAUUCGUUUUCUAUUCAGUUGCCUCUUCUUACGGAAUUCUCAAUUCCUCGCACGAUUUUGAUUGCGAAUCCCAUUAGGAGCGAGCUUCAUGGAUUUUGCGAUGCUUGUAUUUCUGGAUACAGAGCAUGUCUAUUUGUCAAAUCAUCUGACGCUCUUGGACAUGUCUCUAUUCGAUUGCUUUGCAGUAAAUCUAGAGUGGCUUCUCUGAAGGGACUUACCAUUCCUAAGCUAGAACUCAGCGCGGCUGUAGUUCUUCGAAAGCUCCUUUCUGAGUCUAAAUCUCAACUCCAUUUUUCCAUUGAUCAGAUCUACCUUUGGUCCGAUUCAACCAUCGUUCUCUUUUGGUUAAAGAAAUCUCCUCACGUAUUGCAAACUUUCGAGGCUAAUCGGAUCUUCCAUACAAUCAAAAACAUCCAGUUUUACUUCCUAGUAAACAUCCGGUUACAGAUAUGA